UCGAAUUGUGAGACCACUCUCAAACAAUUCUGGACUGAAAAUGAAAUUCUGUGUCGCACACAUAUUCGAUUUUCCAGCAGAAUUUUCAAUUUCAACCGCACGGUGAAAAAAUAUCAAAAUAUGCACGCGCAUAUAUAUAUAUCCUUGCUCAUAGAUUUUGAAACCCUCAUUCUUCCUUUAAAUAUUUUCAAUAAUGAACUGUGUUGCGUUUAUUGUGGCGGCUUUUGCCUGCCUGCAGUUGGCCGACGCCAUGUCGUCACGAGCGUAUGAGAGCGACAUUUACGAGCCUUUGGCUAGUGAUAAGUGUCCCGAGGACUGUAAGACAUUCUUCGACGGUUGUAAUCAGUGUAUGUGCUUGGAAAAUGGGGAUAUGGCUUGUACCAAGAUGGUGUGUAGUGAGGAGGAGAUGGAAGAUGCCAUGUGUAUUGACGAUCUUGAACUGUACCCCGUACCAGCGGAGAGUGAGACUUUUGAAUGUUCUGGCAUUAUGUGCAUGAUGUACUGCAAGGAGGGCUUCAAAAAGGAUGAGAACGGUUGCGACUUGUGCGAGUGUGCAGAGCCUGUUGAGCCUGUUGAUGUGUGCGCUGAGAUGCCACUGUGUAUGAAGUACUGUGAGAACGGUAAUGUAGUUGAUGAAAAUGGUUGUGAUACAUGCGAGUGUAAGGAGGCACCUCAGUUCUGUGCCGAGGGAUGUGAGUUCUACUUCGAUGGGUGCAACACUUGCACGUGCGGUGGUGAUGGCGUGGCCGCCUGUACCGAAGUGUUCUGCGAGUCGUACGAGGAGGCUAUCUGCCUUGACGCUGGCGAACCCGAGUGUGGACCUGUCUGUACUGUCUUCUGUGAGUACGGGAAUGUUAUGGACGAGGACAAUUGCCCCACAUGUGUGUGCAAGGAGGCCCCUUAAACACGCGAGACUCCCCUUCCCACGCACACUCUACCCGAAUUUCCUCCACCGCCACAUAACCUGUGGAAACUGUAGACUUCUGUGAUCGAGGAUAAUUGUAACACCUGCACCUGUGGUGACAGCAGGUUGCCUAUGUACACGCUUAUAACACGCCACCACAACGAGGAGGUUCAUUCUCUUGACAAGUAAUCGAAUACUUGAUGGGACUAAUAUUCCGCUGAAACGUUUGUCGGCGAUGGAAUAUUUUAUUAAUGGGUAUGCGAGGUUUGACUAGACUCGCUUCCAAAUCAAAAUUGACAUGACAUUGUAUAUGGUAAUAAAUAUGAUACCUCUCACCUCUGA